AUGACAACUGUUCGCACGAUCAUCUCUAUAACUGCUUCUAGUGGGUGGUCUCUUCAUCAAAUGGAUGUGAAGAAUGCUUUUCUUCAUGGUGACCUGACAAAAGAUAUUUAUAUGACUCCACCUCAAGGCUUAUUCUCUUCAUCUAAAGGCGUGUGCAAACUCAAACGCUCCUUAUAUGGUUUGAAACAGGCACCUAGAGCAUGGUACGAGAAAUUCCGCUCCACUCUACUUGGAUUCUCCUUUACUCAGAGUCAGUAUGAUUCCUCUUUAUUUAUUCAUAGUACAUCUGCGGGCAUUGUUCUGCUUCUUUUGUAUGUUGAUGAUAUGGUUAUUACUGGUUCUGAUCAUGCUUCCAUUCAGCGACUUAAGCAACAGUUACAGGCCUCAUUUCACAUGAAAGAUUUGGGUAAUCUACAUUAUUUUCUUGGUCUUGAGGUUCAUUCUACAUCCAAGGGCAUCUUUCUCCAUCAACACAAAUAUGCUACAGAUCUGAUUUCUAUGGCUGGUCUCGAAUCGGCUAAUCCGGUAGAUACUCCUCUUGAGGUUAAUGUUAAAUAUCAUCGUGAUGAUGGUGAUCUUUUGCCUGAUCCCUUAUUGUAUCGUCAACUUGUGGGUAGCCUCAACUACUUGACUAUUACUCGCCCUGACAUAUCUUUUGUUGUUCAACAAGUAAGUCAAUUCAUGCAUUCUCCUCGCCAUCUUCACUUAGCUACGGUUCGUUGUAUAAUUCGCUACUUAAAGGGAACCUCUCACCGCGGAUUAUUCUUUUCCGUUGGAAUUUCUCUUCAGUUGAGUGCUUAUAGUGAUGCUGAUUGGGCAGGGUGUCCUGAUACUCGUCGAUCUGUUACUGGUUGGUGCAUGUUUCUUGGUUCUUCAUUGAUCUCUUGGAAAAGUAAGAAGCAAGCAAGAGUUUCUAAAUCUUCUACUGAAUCAGAGUAUCGUGCCAUGUCUGCUGCUUGUUCAGAAAUACUUUGGCUUCGUGGUCUUUUGGCUGAACUUGGAUUUCCCCAAAUAGAGCCAACUUCACUUUAUGCUAAUACAAGUGCCAUUCAAACUGUUGCAAAUCCUGUUUUUCAUGAACGCACAAAACAUAUCGAAGUUGAUGGUCAUUCAAAUCACUAUCACAACUGCAUCACCAUUGAUGCCCCCUCAAAAGAGCUAUACACAAUAAUAUUGACUUGUUGA